AUGUCUUCGCCCACCAUUUCGAGUGCUCUCAAGAAGCAGUGCUUGCUUGAGGAACCCGGCCGCCGGAAGAGCGAAAGCAUGGCACUAGAUGUGGAUGAAGUCUUGUUUGAGAACAUUUUACUGGAGAGCGACGACGAUGACCAAGAUACCGUCCAAGGCGACGAGCAGGACCCCGAAGAUGCCUCUGACAGCGACGCAUACUGGGAUCAAGCGACCCAGACAUUCAGCACCCGCAUCGACUGGCAAGGCGCCAUGCAAUCCCUGACCAUGACGGCGGCUCACGUCCUCAACCUCGAAAAGGAGAUAUUCGACGUGUCCCGCGACAUCACCGCCUUUGUCGAGCCCGGAUCUUCCCUCGAGGCCAAGACCUUCGAGGUCCCAAUGUCACCCCUUCAUCCCUCGGCAGCCGUGGAACCAGAUGCCGUAGCCUACCUUACCGUCGAAGAGCUCCUGCAGCUCACGCUCUACAUACCGCACAUGCGCCUUUUGUCAGAGAUCAUGAAGCUCAAGGAGCAUCUGGCCGAGAACGACUGGAGCUGCUGCGACGACCAUCGGGACCAAGACAAUGACGAGUGUGUUGUCAUCAUCGACGAGGAGGAAUUCGAGGCGAGAGAAAAGCUCAUCUACAACAUCGCCGUGAUAGCCAGCAAGGCUGGCCACCUCGAGGACCUCAUCUCCAUCAUUCUGCCCAAGUGGCGUUGGAUGAUGGCCGAUACCGUCACUUUUGGGAAGGAUAUCCAGAAGGCCGCCAUACUUGACCAGUUUGUUGAUAGCAUCCUCCGCUGGGCUAUAGACUACGCAGCUCGGUCGGAGGCAUUUCUUUCUGACGAUGAUAUUUGA